AAUGGCAUCACACUUGUUCAGGGUGGAUAGUGGUGACACCCUCUUGAACGAGAGACUGAAUCCAGAUUCAACCUUCGAGGCCCAUGAAGAUGAUACCGAGUCACUCGCCACCUUCAACUCGCUAGAGACUUUGACUAACACCCUCUUCGACUCGCCCAUCCCCAUCUCCAAUUACCUGCUCAAAAUCCUUCCUAUCGUGUCGUCAUUUCUCUCUAAUGACGUCCAGGUGUUCCGCAGCGAGGCCGAUGCCCAGAAUCAUGCCGACGACGCCAAGUCAGCCUUCCCGCUCUUGUCGACGUCGCUGUCGAUAUUGAACUAUUUCAAGCUCAAUUCUCCUCUCUUGGUGAUCAACUCUCACACCAGUGCCACCGACAAGCAUGAGUUCUGCCGCGUGUACUUCCGGUUCUUGCACAAGAACUUGACGUGCUACGUGUUGAUUUUCAACUUUAAUGGAUGCAAAAAAGUGUGCUUGUUGCUCAACAACGAGUUGCGCCCCUACGUUGACUGCGUGUGGCAUACCACCAAACUUCGGAUCCUUGGGCCUUCCGGCGCCACCUCCACCUUCGGUAACGGCUUUAUCAAAGCGUUUGUGGUUGACAAGCCGUACAAUACCCUCACGGACCAAGUACAAGUACUGUGGACGUCGGAGCCGAGCAGUGCCAAAGAUAUCAAAAUCGAUAUAGACCACCAAAAUCCCCUAAUUUCACUGCUUUUGGCCCACAACAAGCAGGCGGUGGGUCAGAACUUGACGGGCACACGGCCAGUACUCCGGACCCCGGUGGCGAUGUUCAUGGAUGGCAACAAACGACUUAAGAAAGGUGCAGCUGCCAGUCAUCUUCGGAUUUUCGAUCCCAGCGACAAGAACCAUGGCAUCACCGACAAUGGCAUGGUGUUGGCAGCCAUUCUCUUGACGCUCCGGGAGCUGGAGGUGCGGAAGAACAAGGGCACCAACAAACCCACCUUUACUCGGUAGUUUAUAGAUAAUGUAUGAUGAUAA